AUGAACGUUGAAUUCCCACAAACCAUUGACAGUAUGGGUUGUUCUGCUCCAUUCUUCAAUCACGAUGGCAACAGUGAAGUUUCUGUUGGGUUGAUGGAAGAAGAAGAGGCUUUCCUGGCAUCAGAAAUAAAGAAUCUCUCAUUUCAGGAACGAAACAAGGCUCUCGAGGACGUCCACUGUGUCGGUGAAGGUGAAAAAGAGAACCCAGAGAUGAUCAAGCAAGCACUGAUUGAAUUCCAAGGAGAGGUUGAGAGCCAAGCAGACCCAAUAUACAUGCGUGCAUAUAGUCGCAAUCGAGGUUAUGUCGAGGAUCCUGCCUUCCGAUUAAUGUUUCUACGCUGUAAGCUCUAUGAUGCCAAGCAAGCUGCAAGACAAAUGAUCAGUUUUCUGCGUAACCAAGAUGCUUAUUUCGGUUCACAUACGCUGGGCCGUGAUAUUGCAUUCACAGACUUGGAGGAAGAAGACAAGCAGAUCCUCAAAUCUGGCAUCUUUCACAUUCAAGCAGAGAGGGACAAAGCGGGAAGGGUGGUAGUCAUUCUCUUUAAUGAUAUGUUUUUGCGAAAUUACAAGAUCGAAUCCAUGAUACGUGCAGGCUAUUUUAUGAUCUUCAAUUGCGUUCGUUCUCGACCCGAUGUCCAACUACAGGGUGUUACCACCAUCUUCUAUGAUGUCGUGAGGGCGGAUGGCCAGCAAAAAAAUCAAAGCUGGGAUGCCGUUCUGACACUGAUGAAUCGGGCGUUGAUUCUGCCCAUGCGUCAUUCAAGCAUGCACUAUUGUAUGAAGACCAAUGGUACCAGCUUCUCGCUCAAUAAAGUGUUUCUUAAAGUAAUGUUGAAUGGAUUCCCAAAGUACACCAUUGUGCGAAGCCGGUUCCACUAUGGUCAUUCCGACGUCGAACUUCAGUCCAAGAUUCGGGGCUACGGGGUCCCACUCAAUACUUUCCCAGUGGACAAGCUUGGUAAUAUACGAGAAGAUCUGAUAGAUGUAUGGUAUAAUGAAAACUGUUGCUGUCGAGCCAAUAGCAAUCCCAGUGGAACCAUCGUGUUCACGAGUUCAAUCAACAGCAACGAUGCCAUCAUGGCCACUCAUAAUACGGAAAAGAUGACGAUUCGGCCUGAAUUGACGGAAAGUUGCACAUUGUCAUCGGAAACUCUUGUACCCAAAACGAAUGAUGUACUACUUGGCCGUGGCAAACGGAUCCAAAAGCAUCCUGGAAACAUCUCCUUCCGAGAUUGGAUGUACGAACAUCGAUCGGAAUACGACGGUGCUUACAAGUUCAAGCGACGACAGGUAGCAAUGGAACUCAAGAAUCGAUAUGCCGAAAAUGGAGUACGUUUUCUGAAGCAGACUAGCGAUUUCAAAUGGAGCUUGGCAAACGAGGAAGAGACGGAGGAGAAAGUGAAGCAGCUGUUUAGGAGUUUUCGCCGUGGUGGUACAGGGUACUAG